AUGUCCACUCCAAAAUCCUUCACUCUUACCUUCACAGGCGACGUAAUGCUCGGCCGCCUGAUCGACCAACUAAUGCCAAAGCACGUCACCAACGAGCAGGACGAACGCGUCGUCAAAACUUUCAUAGAAGCCCACCCAACCUUUUUCUCAAAAGGAAACUACACACCCACUUCGCCAUGGGGCACAGCCCUCCGCAUCCUCCACUCCUCGACCCUAGCAUGCAUCAACCUCGAAACAGCCGUGACAACAGCCCCAACCCCAUGGCCCAACAAGGCAUUCAACUACCGCAUGCACCCAGCAAACCUAGGUCCCAUCCUACACGCCGGCGGUGUCGACUACGCCAGUCUCGCCAAUAACCACACCCUCGACUUCGGCAUAUCGGGUCUCACCGAGACUUUACAAACACUACAAUCGGCGAAUAUCGCCCACGCAGGCGCGGGCGAAACAGCCGAUGGCGCGCGCAAGCCCGCAGUGCUAUAUUUGCCCAGGGCCUCAGAGCCCAUAGAACAAAGCCAACACCGCCACACAGUGCAUAUAUACUCAGCCACCGACCACCCGCACGCAUGGAUCAGUGUGCCGGGAUUCAAUCUGUUCGACUACACGCGCGACACGCGCGCUCGGCUGCGGGAAAUGCUCGUUGGCGCUGAGGCGACGAAGCCUGCGUUGAAGGUGUUUUCGGUGCACUGGGGGCCGAAUUACGCUUGGCAUCCGGAUGCGCGGGUUACGUCGCUUGCGCAUUUCUUGGUUGAUGAGUGUGGGGUUGAUAUUGUGCAUGGGCAUUCGUCGCAUCAUGUUCAGGGCGUGGAGGUUUAUCGUGGGAAGCUUAUUAUCUAUGGUUGUGGGGACUUUGUGGAUGAUUAUGCUUUGAAUACGGAGUAUAGGAAUGAUCUUGGGGCUUUGUGGAGGGUUGUUGUUCGGGAGAAGGGUGGUGGUGGGCUUGGGUUGGAGAAGUUGGAGAUCUUCCCUACGCGAGUUGAGCGGUUUCAGGCUCGUUUGUUGGAUUCUGGAGAUGCGGAUCAUGGAUGGGUUAGUCAUAAGAUCCGCGAGCUCAGUGCGAAUUUGGGGACGGCUGUUAAUGCGGAGCUUGGGAGGGAAGGGGAGGUCGUUGUUGAGCUGUCUGGAGAAUAG